GAGAUGCGGGAGGCCAGUCGAGAACGUGAAUCCAUCAACAGACACGUCCAGAAUAGAAAGUUGGGAUGUGGUGCAGGCCAAGGAGAGCACUGAAGACUGUGGAGUGGAGUGGGAAUGUGAUUGUCGAUCGUUGCUGUGCAGCAACCAAAAUCCAGAUCGUCGCUGAUUUUCACGUGCUCCAGUUUCAAUUUGGUCUGCUUGGAUCCGAGUGAGUGCUCACAAGAACCCUGGAUGAGUAGAAGCCUUUGAUGUGGGCCGCGAUGAGCCGCUGGCGGGUACUCCCGACGCUGCUGAAUCGGGGAAGAAAUUUUGCGGCUCGCGGGCGGAUGAAGUCGUCUGCGGUCGACAGUGAGGCGGGAAGGGCAGAUUCGGGAGCAGUUAGACAGCAGCUGGAAGCCGCAGCCAGAGAAGAUCGAUUGGAUUUCAUGACGGCUGCAAAGAUUCUCUUUUCUUCUCCAGCGAAGCCCAAGAAAUUUGGGCUGGAUUUCCAUCUCUGGCAAUUCUUCGCCGCCUGUCUUCCGCCAUUUGCCGUCUACCUCACUGCACAAUAUGCUCGACAUGAAAUACGGAGACUGGAGAAGGAGAGGGAACAAACGGAAAAGUUGUUAUUGCAAUCCGUAGUUGCGGAGGAGGUUGCUUCGAGAAUGGCAGAAGGGAACAAGCCGGCCUUUGAGAAAUCAGAGGAAAGGGCCCCUUUGAGCCAGAAUGUGCCUGGCAAUAUGGAGGGCUCGAAUUCAACAAGUGAUGAUUCUGCAGUCCACAUUACUGGAAAGGAUCUGCAAGCAAUGAAAACUCGGCUCGAGGUUCUAGAAAAGAAGCUGAGUAUGCUCGAAGGGGUUCGCAAAGGAACAGAAGCGGUUACACCAAGCACAUCUCAAUCAGGUCUAGUGAUGACACCUAAAGACAGCUCACCCAGCUUGUCCACAAAACACGAUGUUCACCAAAGUAUAAUCAAGAGUGCGGAUUUGGAAAGUGAGCAUAAAAGAAAAGCUCUAACGUAAACCCUCGUUCAGGGUCAAUCUCCUCCUCUUGUAAAAAGCUGUAGAAUUCUAGGUGCUGCUAAUUAGGGAUAGAAGUCUAAAUUUUUGACCGAACUGGAAUUGCAUGGAUAGUGUUAACCGGCAAAGCUAUGUUAGCCUCAUAAGAUCUCGUGUGCUAGUUUUUUUGGAUUUUUUGAAGAUAAGAGCGAGGGAGCUAGACGUCCAUUCGAGUAGUGGGUUGAAAGUUGGAAAGGUGGAAAACUCAGACUUUGACUGUAGAAAAACGUCAUAGGGAGGAGGUCGAUUGUGCUGCUUAUUCGUCUCCCAUGAGAUCCAGUCCGUCUUACGGAGGAUGUCACAUUGUUUGAUAUACUCUCUCAAGAGAUGAAUGACUAGAAGGUCCCAUUUUACCGGUAAAAGUCUCUCACUCUCUAUGUGCUGACCUAGAUGUGGAACUUGUCAUGGAAAAAAAUAUUUAAGUCGCGGG